CGGCAGCUCAGCUACCAACCCUCUGUUAACAAUGGAGCGUGUGGCGAAAGAUAGCAAGCCGAACACCGCAGGCAAGAUGACCUUCCUUUCUCGCACCGAAACAUUUGCAGCCGCCCAUAGGCUGAACAGGUAACAACAGGGAAGAGGCAGGAUGCAGGGUUGGGAGGAAAAAACAUGUUUUGAAUUCAUAGGUGACCAAGGAGCCCACGAUUUCCCCAUCCCUGGAAGGAAGCAUAGAUGUGCAACCUCUCGGAACACUGGCUGUCCAAUGGAUUCUAAUGAGUAUUUCCUGUACCUACAAUUCUCCGGACAUAAGGAACCAGUUGCCCAAGAUAGCAUCUCUGAUAUUCAUAUCGUUCAAAGGCCAAAUAGAGCCAAAGGGCAAAUGUUAACCAGGUUUGGUCUGCAGGGUAAGAACGAUGGGUGUUAUUGCAGCAGUUUCCUUCCCAAGUUCAGGAAAGAGACUCAUCUGUAACCUUUAUCUCAGCUAUGCAAUAUGAAGCAUUGGGUUUCUUAAUGUGUUCUAGCUCUCCCCACUUUCCCCUGUAUGACCUGCCCCACCCUGCAACAAUGGUGAGAAAGGAUGUCUAAGGAGGUUCAGAAGCUCUCAUAGCAGACCCUCCAAGUGUCCCUCUUUCCCAGGACAGUCCCAGACUUACAGAAGCCAUCCCGGUUUCUGAUUUGAUCCCAGAAUUUGAUCCUUUUCCUUAGGACGUUCCUAUUUUCAUUGGAGAAAUGUUGGAGGGUAUAGAGUUAUGUGACCCCCAAGCCAAGGAGAUAAGUAACUGUUUUGUUUUGUUUUUAUUGUAUUUAUAUUCAGUGUUAGCCGCCCUGAGCCCAGUCUUGGCCGGGGAGGGCGGGAUAUAAAAAUAUUAUUAUUAUUAUUAUUAUUAUUAUUAUUAUUAUUAUUAUGCAACCUUUAGAAGACAUCUGACGGCAGCCUUGUAUAGGGAAGUUUUUUAACGUUUAAUGCUUUAUUAUUCUUUAUUACGCUUUUAUAUAUCUUGGAAGCUGCCAAUCAGAUGGGUGUGGUAUAAAGAAUAAAAUAAUAAUAAUAAUAAUAAUAAUAAUAAUAGGAUAGGACAUCCAUAUUUUCUUCGGAGAAAGCUUGGAGUUUAUGUCAUAGGUUUCUGUCUCCGGUGGCCAUUCAUUCUUUCCACUGUUUACUCUGUUCAUGAAGCUGACAAAAAAAUUGUGCAACAGUCGACUAGUCUUCAGGGCCCAACAGGACUCUGCCAAUUUGUCACUUGAGCAAGACAGGAAGAAAGUAGAUGGGAUGGCGAAGAAGCUGGAGAGUAGGGCCUAGAUGUCUGUAAAAAGGGGAAUUAAAAGAGGAUUUCAUCAAUGAUGGCACUAGAAGGGAAAUGGACACUUUUGUCCAAGUCAGCUUUAAGCUAGGCAGAGGACCUUCUCGAUAGUGGUGCCCACCCUGUGGAACACCCUCCCAUCAGAUGUCAAGGAAAUAAACAACUAUCUGACUUUUAGAAGACAUCUGAAGGCAGCCCUGCUUAGGGAAGUUUUUAAUGUUUGAUGUUGUAUUGUGCUUUUAAUUCUGUUGGGAGCUGCCCAGCCAGAUGGGUGGGGCAUAAAUAAUAAGUAAUAAAUUAUUAUUAUUAUUAUUAUUAUUAUUAUUAUUAUUAUUAUCAUUAUCUGACUUGGAGGUGCUGAGGACUGAACCUGGGAUUUUCUGCAUGCAGAACGGAUGCCCUAACCACUGGGCUACAGCGUGUCAGUAUAUACUGACAAGCAGGGUUCUGGGAAAGGUUGCCAAGUGGCAAAGCUUCUCAUGGCCCAGGGGAAAAAGCAUUUCUCCCACCUACUAAUAUUCACAGUUAAAGGCACAGGAACUGGGAUUGGUAUAUGAAAGACAGCAACCUGAGUUCUGGGGAAGAAUGAAUAAGAAAUUAUUUGUAUUUGGGGGAAAGGCAAUGUGAUUGUUGUAGCUAAUGCUGCUUAGAUUGCAGACAGAGCCUCCCACCCGAGUUGAGAGGAUGUAUUCCAGAGGGGGACAUUUGAGUAUCUCUUGCAAAACACACAUGCAUAUAACAAGAGUAUUGCGGCACCUGGAAGACAGAUUAAAAGAUUUAUUGUAGAAAGUGCUUUUGUGAAUAAAAGCUUGUAUAAAUGAAGCGUUGCAUUACACACACACACACACACACACACACACACACACACACACACACACACACAGCAAAAGGCAGCAAAAGGCAAAUGGUACGAGGCGUGCUAUUUCUCUCCAGAGUUGGUGACGAGGUUGAUCAGGAUAUACUGGUAGACUUGCCAGAGAUAAACAAGGACAUGGACUCCCAGUUGUUUCACAACAGCCAUCUGGUUGGCCAUUGUAAGAACAAGAUGCUAGACUAGAUUGGCCACUGCUCUGAUCCAGCUGGCUGUUUUCUUGGACUGCCUCUAUUAAUUGUUGUUGUUGUUGUUUAGUCGUUUAGUCAUGUCCGACUCUUCAUGACCCCAUGGACCAGAGCAUGCCAGGCACUCCUGUCUUCCACUGCCUCCCACAGUUUGGUCAAACUCAUGCUGGUAGCGUCGAGAACACUAUCCAACCAUCUCAUCCUCUGUCGUCCCCUUCUCCUUGUGCCCUCCAUCUUUCCCAACAUCAGGGUCUUUUCCAGGGAGUCUUCUUUUCUCAUGAGGUGGUCAAAGUAUUGGAGCCGCAGCUUCAGGAUCUGUCCUUCCAGUGAGCACUCAGGGCUGAUUUCCUUGAGAAUGGAUAGGUUUGAUCUUCUUGCAGUCCAUGGGACUCUUAAGAAUCUCCUCCAGCACCAUAAUUCAAAAGUAUCAAUUCUUUGGCGAUCAGCCUUCUUUAUGGUCCAGCUCUCACUUCCAUACAUCACUACUGGGAAAACCAUAGCUUUAACUAUACGGACCUUCCUCUAUUAAUAUAGACAUUUAAAACAGCGUUGAUGGAAUAUCCUUAUUGUCAAGGUCAAGUGGCUAUGGAUUUUCGUUGCUCUUUUUGUUUUAAAGUUAUUGUGUUUCUUCUGUUAAAAUUGCUGGCAUUGCUACAAGAGAAAGGUUCUUUUUUUCCCUUCUAAAUUAUGCAGCUGUGAUGCAGAACGCUCAGGGUAUAACGGCCUUGUGCUCAGUUCUGGAACUGAAAGCAAAUUCCUGGGCUGAGCAUGUGCUCAGAGGCCCUGUCCUUUUGUUCUGAGAGUGUUUUGCAUCCAGUUUGCGGGUCUCGGAGUUGAAAGAAAAAGUCAAAAUUGAUGCUGGAAGCUUGCUCCUCCCUGAUCUAUGCAAAGGGCAGCCACAUACAAUAUAGGUCCAUCCUCAACAGCAAUAAUUUGGCAUUAUGAUUUACGUUAACUGGGCUGGAUAGGGCUCAGCAGAGUCAGGAAUCAUCACCAAAUGUAGAGGUGGCACAAGAAAUACGGUGAUUAUAGAAGUACUGGACUCUAUAAUCCAGGUCCUUAUAAAGUCACUCUCAGUCUAGCCAAUGACAUGGCAGCAUUGCUGUGAGGAUAAAAGUGGGAGGAAGGAUAACCGUGAAUGCCACCCUUGAGCUCCUUGGAGGAAAAGUGAGGUUUAAAUGUAAUAAUAAAACAAAGAAGACUUACAAAUAGCUGCAAAAAAGCCGGGUUGGGUAUGGCUCAAUUUUUUAAAAAAAUAAGGGCUGUUUCAGAAGUAAUGGAUCCUUUGAGGGUCCGUUUUGAGUUAUCCUUGCUAGUCACUGACAAUAGAAACAGUCUCCGUGUACAAAAGGCUUCCUUCUCUGUUCCCAUCUGCAGUUAGAUUGCCUCUCUUGCUGUUUUCAUCUUAUUCCUGUUGGCUGCUGCUUUUUCUCAACCCUCUCCCACUGUCUUACAGCAAAUCUCUGAAUGAGGAGGCGAAUAGGAAGCUGUUUGGGAAAUGCAAUCAGAGCCACGGGCAUAACUACAAAGGUAAGAGCGGUGAGCCUUUCUAGCAUUGAUGAUGAUGAUGAUGGUGAUGAUACGUACUGCCUCCAUGUAAAGACUGGAGCAAAUUCUUCUACAGGCAAACAGGGGAAGGGGAGGGGUGAUAAGCUUUGAAAGGCAUUCCUCUUUCUGGUGGGAAGAGACCCUGUUCAGUGUUUUUCCUGCUGGAAUCCGAAUGGAGAUUUUUCUCACCAGGGGCUUAGAAUCCAGCAGUGUGUACUCAGCUUCAGUUGGCAAAAUUGAGUGGUCAAAUUCCCCAGGACUGUGCCUCUUUGGGGUUGCACACUUGAAUGCUCUUCUGUUGGGGAAGAGGGGAGAGCUUGCAUGAGGAAAUGUAGCAGCACAUCAGGCUAGUUCUCUCUGACGUGCUCAUUUUCAAUGUUUUCUGGAGGUGGGCCAGCGCUAAAGCAUGCAAGUGGGAGAGCGUUACCACUUCCCCCACCCUCAUACCUGUAUUUUCCCUCAUUGCAGAGAUUAUGUGUUUCAGCAAGAGACGUGCUUUACCCAACUCUUUGCUACCACCUUGUGGUACUGAAUUGGGUCUGCAAUUAAUGCUAACAACUUCCCUCUCUCACAGUUUCUUCUUUCUCCUUUGCAGUGACAGUGACCAUAUGUGGAAAGGUAGGGCAUUUUCCUUUUGUUGCUCUUUAUUUUGAAAACAGGUUUUGUGCUUUUACCAAGAGUCUGAGAUUCUCAGCAGCACUUGAGAUAUGCUGCUGCCAUGUUUCAAUUCACCACUGACUCCUGUGGGAUCGGAUCCCUUGACUAGAGGCCGCCUUGCAGGAUCAGAACCAGUUCCAUCCAGCUCAGCCGUCUGUUUCCAACCAUUUGACCACCCCAGUGCCUUAUAGGUCACAUAUAAGCAGAGCACAAUGACCAUGUCUUUCCCCUGUUGUUUGUCCCUAGUACCUGAUAUUUAGAGAUAGACUGCAUCUGCAAAUGGAGGUUCCAUUUUAAGCCAAUAGCCAUUGAUAAAUCCAUGCAUUUAUCCAAUCAUAACCUCUUGCGAUAGUUCCUAGCAUUGCCCCCCCCACUACUGUUGUUAAUAGUAUUAUCAUAGUAGUAGUAUUCAAGAGCAGUUCUAAGUCCUGUCCUUUGAACACUCCAAGGGUUAAAAAAUAAAAUUAUUAUUAUUGAUGUCAUUUUUAGUAAAAAUAAAUAAAUAAUGUACUUGUAUGUACAGCACCAGAAAUUCUGAAUAUUAAAUGAUAAAUAAAUACCUGGUAUAAAAUCAUCACCAUUAUUACUAUUGCUAUUAUUUAACUUGUCUUACAGAUUGACCCCAUCAGUGGAAUGUUCAUGAAUAUUUACAAGCUUCAGGAAUAUAUGAAGGUAAUUCCAGAGUUAUGAACCUCAGAGGCAAAGUUUAGAACACGGGUCGGCAAACUACGGACCGUGGGCCAGAUCAGGCCCAAUUGCCCUCAGGAUCCGGCCCGUGGACAUUCCAUGGAUCGGCGAUUCUGUUUGUUAAUUUUUUCCCUGUUUUUCCCCCCGGUGCCGCCAUUUUGUUUUCAGCGCCAUUCCCCCCCUCUACCUCUCACACACCACGGCGCCUCCUCCCUCCCUCUCCCCACCCUUCUCCCCAUCCUGCAUAGUGGAGGAAGGGGGCUGGGCUGGGUUGAGCGCCAAUUUGGGCAGCGCCUCUCCAAAGUCAGCCAGCCUUCUCAGGCUACUCAUCCCGCCGCCGCCGCCAGCCUCUGCCGCUCACAAGGGCAGGCACAGGAGACACAGUUGACAGCGCACAGUGCCACGAGCGGCAGAGGUUGGUGACAGCAGUGGCGGGACAAGCGGCUUUGCAGCAGCAUAGGUAGGCAGGAGGAGGGGAGGGGGAAUGAAAGAAGCCCCCUCCGCUGCGUUUACUUCUGGGGGACGGUGAACCGGCCCCGUCCAAAAAAAGUUUGCUGACUCCUGGUUUAGAACUUCAUGAUCCCUGUUCCCAACCAGAUCUUUGCUCUUAUUUUCAGGAAGCCAUUAUGGAUCCGCUCGACCACAAGAACCUUGACCAGGAUGUUGAUUUUUUUGCCAGCGUUGCAAGGUGGGUAGCUGUUAAGUUUGUGUGCAGUCUCCACUGCCCACAUUUGUAAAGAGUGCAGGAGACUUGCAUCCAUAUACAAUGUCAGAUGUGGGUCAUGGUCCUGGUUUUGGGGAAACAGCCUCAUUGGACCCACAGGCUAGAGGUGCCUCCUCCCCAAGCUGCUUUGUAGAGACCUAGCAGGGAUGGCUAUGAGGGCAAAACAAACAGCCACAGACAGAACAACUUAAAGCUGUUACUCUAGAAACAAGUUGCUCAGACCAAAGGACCAGGCCAGAGGUUUCCAUUUUAUAGGACCACUGGGAAUCCGAUUGGCUCCUUUAUGUCACAUGGCUGGAAAGCCACCUGCUGGUCAGCUGCAUAAGUGACCCUCAAGUACAGCAAAAAGCAGGCUGGUUGCUCCCUCUUCCAGAAAGCUGGCACAGAGGUGCAUAGACCAUGCCUGGCUUGUGUAAGUUUGUCACAGCCUGAGGUUUGAGAGAAGAUCCACACCAUACAUAUAUAUAACCCACAACUGUCCUGGAUAAACCAGGAAAACCAUUUUGGGCACCAUGCUCUCGCGCAGUUUCGGGUCGUGAUCUCACACGGCUCCCCCAAAUUCCCGAUUUUGUCCACCGUGCUUGGAAAAAGCCUUCUUGUGCCGGUCAUGUGAGUGCGGCCUGGAAGAUGGUGGCCCUGUUUUUCCCCACUUCCCCAAAAGAAUCAUGGGAGCUGUAGUUUUCCCAUGCACAGAGAGAGCUACAAUUCCCAGUACAUUUCACAAACAAUAGUUCCCAGGAUUCUCUGGGGAAAGAAGCCAUGUUCUUUAAAUGUGUGUUUAAAUAUUUGGAGUGGGUCUGCCAUGAGACAUCCUGUGCCUUAUCCAGACUAAAGUUACAUCAGAGUAGAAUAUACACAGAUUUGAUUUGAAGUCAUGGGCGAGAAGCAACAGGGGUAAAGAAAGGCAGGUUUGAAGGCAGCUCUACCUUUAUGCAGAAAAACCUAUAUUGUGGAGUCUCUUCCUUUUCCAUAUCAACCUCUCUGCUCUUCCUCCAGCACAACAGAGAACUUAGCCGUGUACAUAUGGAACAACCUUGAAAAAAUCCUACCAGAUGGAUGCCUGCACAAAGUCAAGGUCUAUGAAUCCGACAGAAAUUUUAUCGUAUACAAGGGGGACUAAAAAUCCACAAGGAACAGGGGGCGGGGGUUGGCUAGGAGAGUUAUUCUCCCAUAUAUUGUAUUAACACUCAUUGUUGAUUUAAUGUGACAAACCCCUUCUCAGAACAUUUGCAAACUAUUCUGUAUCUACAGUGAAGAGAUGCCUCCAGGGC